ACAUGUAAUUAUAUCUUUAUUUAUUUUUAUUAUCUUUAUUAUUUAAAUCUUCAAAUGAUAAAAAAAUAUCUUUGCAUGCAAAACUAGUUGACAUCUUCAAAGUAUAAAUGAAAUGAAAUUUUUCCAAUAUAUAGUUCAAAUAUUUUUCCAAUGAUUGGAAUUUAAAAUAUAUGAUAUCGGAAUUUGUUUUGGCACGUGAUUUUUUUUAACCAAUAAACGGGCUUCCGGCACUAUAAGCAUAUUUCGUUAGAGUGCCGAGUACUUUCGGCACUCUAUCCACGGCCUAUUUUUUUUUAGUCUAGUCAUUUUUAACUUAAAUUUAAGUAAAAUAUUUUGGAAUGGCAGCAAAUAGUAAUAUUAUAUGCUUUACCUGUUCCACAUGCGGUAUACAUAAGUAUUCUAUGCAAAAAUAUUUAGAUCAUUUGCAUAUUAUGCAUGAGCAUACAGCUGGUUAUCUUGCUGUAUGUAAUAUUGAUGGUUGCCCAGCAUCCUAUAAAUCUAUAAAAUGUUUGCGUCAGCAUAUUAGAAUUAAACAUACUACAAUUUACUAUUCAAAUAAUUUGUCAACAAACGUCUGCACUACUUCAACUGCUGAAAUAUUAGAAAAUGAAUAUUUAGAAAACUGUGAUGAUCAAAGCAAUGGAAAUGAAUGUGACAAUGCAACUAUCAGUUGUUUUCAUUCUGAUUCACCUGAUUUGUCUAUGUCAUUAGAAAAGUUGCUAGACACCUUGCAGCAGCAUUUUGCUCUGUUUAUUGUCGGAAUAGCUGAAAAGCAUUCUGUUCCAUCUGUGGUGCAAAUUGAUUUGGCUAAUGAAGUCCAAUCCUUGCUAACUUAUUAUAAUAAUAAUUUUUGUAGUAUUAUAAAACAGGAAUUAGGCAACAGCUUAGUAUCAAAUGAAAAUUUACAAAAUUUGUUAAACAAUGAAUUGAUUUUAGAUAGAGUUUUAUCAGUUGUUAACUCCAGCAAAAAAAUUAUUGCCUUUAGUAAAGCCAAUUUAGGACUUAUUUUGCCACUUGAAAUAAAUUUGUGUAGUAAAGAUGAUAUCUUAGAUGAAAAUGAUUUUUGUGUAAAUUCAAAUUGUGAUCAUCAAAAUGGUUUACCUAAAAGUGCUAUUAUUGAAAACGCUUUUGGUGAUACAACUUGUAAUAAUGAUAAUAACACAAACAUUAAAGAGUCUUUUCAAUACAUUCCAAUUUUACCACUGCUUAAACAGUUAAUUGAAAAAGAGGAAAUAUGAAAUUCUAUAAAACGAAAAUUAGAGAAUGAUUUGUCUGUGAAAACAAAUUUGCUUUAUUCAUAUUCAGAUGGUUUUAUUUGCAAGCACCAUAACAUUUUUAAUAACAAGUAUGCUUUAAGACUCCAUUUGUAUAUUGAUGAAUUUGAGGUAUGCAAUCCGAUUGGAGCUCAUCGUAAAGUACAUAAAAUAUGUGCAUUUUACUUUUUCCUGGGUAACAUUGAAGAUAAAUAUAUAUCAAGACUUCAAAAUAUAUACUUAUGCAUUCUUGUUAAAGAAAAAUUAAUUAAAGAACAUAAAACAUACAAGGAUGUUUUAAAACCUUUCAUUCAAGAUUUAAUAACAUUACAAAAUGAAGGCAUAUUAGUUAUGGUUGAUGGCCAACAGACACGAUUAUAUGGUGGCUUAGCAACAAUCUCUGCUGAUAACCUUUCAGCCCAUGCACUGGCUGGUUUUCGUCGUGUUUUUAAUUCUGGUUUUUUUUGUCGUCAGUGUAUGACUUCAUAUACUAACAAAAAUAAUAUAUUUUCUGAGCUUGAUGCAACACUUCGUACUGAUGAAAUCCGUCAGUAUCACUUGGCUGCUAUUUAUGGCCAAGGUCAAAUUUCAUCAAGUAUGUACGGUGUUGAAAGGCGUUGUCCUUUUUUAGAUUUAUCAUAUUUUAAAGUUAUGCAAUCGUUUCCACCAGACAUAAUGCAUGACAUGCUGGAAGGUACAAUUCCUCGAUUAAUUAGUCUAUUGUUGUUAAAACUCAAAGAAGAUAAAUUAAUUUCGAUUGAUCAGAUAAAUGUAGAGCUUAAUACAUUUGAAAUAGGUAGAAAUGACAGAUUGAAUAAACCAGUUCCAUUUGUUGUACGUUCUGCUACUUUUAUUAAUUUUAUUGGAUCAGCCUCACAAAAAUAUUGUAUGUUUCGUUUGUUACCAUUUAUGAUAGGGAAUCGUAUACCUAUGUCUAACAAAUAUUGGUUGCUGUAUUUACAGCUUAGAGAAAUAGCUGAUUAUGUGUUUGCUCCAAAAAUUUCUAAAUCAGUGUUAUCGUUUCUGCAAUUUUUAGUGGAGCAGUUUUUGCACAAUUUUGCUGAACUUUUCCCAGACAAUUUUACACCCAAGUUUCAUUUCAUGCUUCAUUAUGCUCGUCUUAUUAAUGAUUAUGGGCCACUACGUUAUUUAUGGUGUAUGCGUUUUGAAGCAAAACACUUGUAUUUCAAAAAAUUGGCUUCUUCGAUUAGAAAUUUUAAAAAUAUUGCCUAUUCGCUUGCAAAACGACACCAGUUACGGCAGUGUUGGGAGAUGACAUCCUCAGAUUUCUUCAAAGAAUAUGAGAAAACUUAUAAUCUUUGUUCCAUUUUGUUUGAAAGUUUAGCAGCUUCUUUUCAAGAAAAACUAGUAAGUUUUUUUGGUUAUAGUAUUACUGAUAAGAAAGAAACUAUUUGGAAGUGUAGCAGCUUGCUUAUAAAUGGAAUCCAAUUUCAUGUUCAUGAUACAGUGAUUCUAGCUUUAUUACAUGUGGAAGAAAUACCAUUAUUUUUUAAAAUAUAUCAUAUUAUAAGAUUUCGUCAUCACUGGGUGUUUUGUGGCAAGUUUCUUAUUUGUGAUAAAUACUCUGCUCACUUGCAUGCCUUCAGAGUUGUGGAAGAAGAAGAUUUGACAAUAUGCUUACCAGCAGAUGUUCUUGAUCACCAAUUGAUAGACACAUAUGUUUUGCAGGAUGGGUGCUGUUAUAUUACACUCAGAUACAGUUGUUUUUUAUAGAAUCUCUUUAGAUUUUUAUUAUAACAAUGUUGUAGUUAACUUGAUAUCAUUAUUUGGAUACUUUUUUUCUUGCCAAAAUGUAUUACAUGUGCAAAUACUUUGCUUUUAUUUUUAUUUAUUAAAAUAAAAUAAAAUAUUUAUUGUGUUAUUUUUUAUGAGAGCUGCCGCGUCUUUAGCUGAUUAAAUAUUUUAUUGCAUUAAUUAAUUUAAAAUCUCAACAUUUACCCUUUCACAAUUUUUGUAAGUAUUUUAUUAUAGAGGAAGAAAUUGAUGGAAAAACGCUGGUGUCUUUAACUGAGACAAUGGUGGCCAGUUUAUGUCAGACGAUUCGUCGGCAAGUAGUACUCAUUGAAAUUAUAAGGCAUCUUAUAACUUCACAUGAACAGCACGAAAGAACUAGCUCUUAUGUUAUUGAAAAUGAUGUUUUAAAUACAUCAAUAACAUCCCCAAUAUCUUGUGAUGAAGAUGGUAGUAUGAUUGCUGGAGUGUCCCAAAGUAUGAAACCAUGGCCAGUGUGUUAUCAACUACCCAUU